AUGCGCUGUGAUGCGCUGUGGAUGCUUGGACGCAGCAGGAGAGUGGGAAGAAAGCGCCGAUGGCGCGCGGUUCUCGUGCGCAAAGAAGGCAAGGCGUUCGCAAGCGACAUCAAUGGUGCAGAUGCUAUGCGGACGUACAAUGCCGUCCUUGCGGCAAUCGACCUCUUCACCACCAAGCAGCAAAGACAUCUGCAGGCGGAGACCUUCUACCUGCGAAAGCUCCAUACUCAAGAGCAGGAGAAGCAGGAGAGAUUUGCCAGAGAGGCCAAGGCCCGGGCCCAGGAGGCCAAAAAGGCGGCCAAGGCGGCGAAGGAGCGCCCACCCAGCACUGCGCAGACCCGCAAGACGCGGGUGCCCAGCCCAGUGCCGCUGCAGGACAGCCCCCGGGUCGUGCGGACGAGGUCUCCGGACAACCAGGGCCGGAACGUGGACUCCGCGAGAUCCCGGAGUCGAUCGCCUUUGCGUCGGAAGGAUGCCACGACCCAGGAGUCUGCACAGGGCACGAAGUCCCCGGAGGCGGAGAGGAGUCCAUCUCCAGACUGGAUCCCGCGAACUCCUCCGGAUCCUCCGACGCAGGUGCCUACCAAGAGCACUGGAAGCUGGACGACCACCGUCUUUGAGGCAUCGCCGACCAAGGAUGAGAGGGCCCCGACAGUGGUGGCUCCUCGCCCGGAGCCCCCCAGGUCCCAAGCUUCUGAAGGGCAAAUCUUCCGAAGCCUGGACGACGUGAGGCUUCUGGUGCUCCGAUGUGUGAUUGCCUGUUACGCCGCUCCAUUCCUGGACAACGUGUAUUCCUUGAACAUCAGCGAGCAUCACCGGGUGCCAGACAUCUCAUACCUUGGGAGCACCGCGAUUCCUCCACGGACGCUCAUUCCCACGCACAUCCGCUCCGCGAUUGACAAAAGCUUGAACUGUUCUCAGCAUGGAUGGGAGUUGCGCCAGGGUGGGCGCACCAGGCUGUUCGACUGCUCUCUGUUCAGGGAUGAGCUCGACAUUCUGGAGGUUCGGCUGAACGAGCUCUAUGACUGGGUGGACGUCUUUCUGAUUAUUGAACUUGGCACCGGGCAUCAGGGAUAUCUUCGGAACUCCACCUUUCUGAACUGCCUGGCAGAGCCAGAGUGUGCAGUUCGCUUCACACCGCUUCUGGACAAGAUCCGAUACGUCUUCGUUGGUGCUUUGGACGUUUGCUUGGCCGGACGAGUAUGGGAUUGUGAGAAGCAGCAUCGCGGGCUGCUCGGCUGGGCGUUUGAUGAGUUUGGUGGCCGCGAUGACGACAUGGCCAUCAUCGGCGAUGGGGACGAGUUUCCUCAUGCCACUGCAGCAUGGAUGCUGGCGAACUGUGCGGUUCCGGAGGGCGUAACGAUUGAGUCCGCCCUCUACAUGUUCUCUGCGCACUGUAGGGAUCCGUCGGAGAGGGGUGUAACGAAGGGCUCGCUAGAACUCGGAGCCUUUGCAAAAGGAGUGCGGAAGAGCCUUUGCUUCUGGGAGUCUCAGAUCAAGAAGCAUGAUGCAAACUCGCUCACGUCGCUAAGAGCUGUUGGACCCGAGCGAAUCCGGCGGACCUUCGAGCCAGGUCGGGACAUGGGCUUUGCCACCCUGCCACGGGGAGGAUUCCACCUCACCUACUUCUUGACUCCACAGGAGGUCGAGUUCAAGAUCAAGUUCAUCAUGUGCCAUUCGGAGUUCAACCACACUCCCUGGAACACAGCAGCCUGGCAGGCGGAAAAUGCAAGGAUGUGCCUCUUUAACGUGGCUUGGCUACACCGGCCGAUGGAGUAUGUCCACUCGGCUGACAUCGCCUAUCCCGAAAUUCCUUGGUACCCUCUUGCGAAGCCAGGGGCCAUGGCAAGAUUUUUCCGAUACGCCCGCGCAGAGGAAGAUGCGGUUCGCGCGGCUUCGACCACAGCGCCUUCCGUGGCAGUCUGCAUUACUGGUGAGACCUUCCCGAGCUUCUGGUGGGAGGUGACCUCUGCUGUGACACAGGGCCUAGGUCACAGGGACAAGUCCAAGGUCAAGGUUUUUGCGGCAGUGCUCAGACAAGAUUGCCCGUCGGCUGUGAAGCUGCUUGACCCCAACCUGGUAAGGUGCCUCGACGACGAGCCUUUCAGAAGCCAUGGGAACAUUCCAGCGCGGUACGCGCGCCACUUCGUGCGUCAGUACCGUCUGCAGCAUGCUUGCUUGGACAUGGCUCUAAGCCAGGGUGCCUUUGACUGGAUUCUUGCCAAGCGGUCGGAGGUUUUUCUUCGGGAGUUUCCUUCCACGGAAGUCCUUGCUGAGGCAGCUGUGUUUACAGCCGCCCAAAGCACAAACAGGGCUCGCAUUUUCGACGACAAGCUCUUCUUGGCCAGGCCGACAGAGGUGAGGCACGUGGCCGCCGCCAGUCGCUUCAUGGCACGCCUGGCCAAUGUCAGCGCGCAGCCGGCCCCCGCAAGCAGGAGGUUCAGUGGGCUGCUGAAUGCAAACGCCACGAGGCCUGCUGCCAUCUUGCAACGGUUCCUGGCACAGCAAGGGGUGGCUCUGCGACCCCUGGCUCAGCUGCGCUAUGAGGAGCUGAGGCGUCGUCGCGCCACGCAGCAUCGCAGAUGA